AUGAUUGGGGGCCUACUAGUGUUAGACGGGAAUGGUGUGGCGAACCAGCUUCAGUUGAAGUCACAAAUCGCGAUCAGCACCUUACGUCGAUUACCCCAUCGACGUAUUAAGAAAUCUAGGUUUCGAAUGAAUCAUAACCAGUUUAAAUUUGACUUUCCAAUAGAACAAGUUUUGGAAGAAUGGAAGACACUAGAUGAAAAUGAAGACAUACCGGCUGAAGAUCAAGAGAACGAUAACGAUGAAUCGAAUAUUGUUAGUCAAGAAUCCUUUUUUGCUCCUCAUUAUAAAGAUGGUAUUGAAUAUUUUUCCAUAAAAAACCCUGAAAAAGUAAAGCAAGAGUGGCUUGAAGCUAGAAAAUUAAUUAUACCACAUAUUCAGAACGUUGUAAAGCAUCUAGUUCGAGAAAAAUUUCAAAAAUGAUUGAAUAUAUGAGAAAUUAUUCUUUCCCUGCAUUUUAAUUUUACUAUUCACUGUUAAUUAUGUCAUUUGAGUGGGUUUUGAAUAUAGAUACAUAAGAAGAACCUUCUGGAUACAUUUUUGCUCAGGAUCACUUGGUAGUGCUUCAUGAUUUGAUUCUUGACAUGUCCCAUUCUAUAUUCAUUUCAUGUUAGCUGUAGAUUUUAUGCCUAUCAUUGCCACCUAUAUUAUAGUCAUGUGUUUAUUUCACCUUAUAACUCGUUUAUAUCCCGUUUAAACAGUCUUUAGUCGUCAGAUAGUUUUUUUCAGUCUUGGUGGUUAACUGACUCGCUUUCUAAUCAGUUGGUUGUUUAUUUGGAUUUUUCUUGAACUACUUUGGCUUGAUUGACUUGGUUGUCUCAUUAAAUUUCACACAAAGUGUGCCUUUAAGAACAGUAUAAGAACUGGCAUCUAGUUUGCCUUUCAGAGGUUGUUACUGAAUGUGAAAUCAGACGCGGUUGUUGUGAGAUCACUCAUGCUUUUUCAGAUCACUGUCUUCAAUUUUUGACACUUAAACAGACUAAACAACAGAUAAAUGUUAUUGAAACAUUAGAACGUUUCAUUUUGAUGUUAUUUGUGCUUCAAGAAAUUGUGUUCGAGACUCCGACAAAGUAGUUUUUAAGGUCCUUACUGUUAUGUUUAACCAUUAUAAGGUCAGGUUUCUUAAAAUCUUGGAACACCGACUUUAGCAGUUUGGAUGCGACCUACAUAUCAACUCAAAAGCUAAGGAAAUAGGCUGUCAAUCCCUUGCACAGCCAAGUGGAAUAAAUGGUAUUUCCGUUGAAUUAUGACAUAAAGGCACAUUGUCUCUCCCUUGAACUUGGUCCUACAGGCUGUGCAACUCAAUUUGCGAUGUUAUCAGACAUAUCUCAAAACAAUAGCUAACAUAGAUACUGUUGUAUUUCUUGUGAACAGCGAAAUGCAACUAACUAAACUAAAUUUAUAUUGAUUGUCCUUGAUUAAGUUGUAUCUACUGACAUUUUCAUUUGUUUAAGUAUCCUCUCUUCCAUUCUUCAUUAAAUUGUUAUCAAAUUUUAUGUAGUCUAUGCCCUAUUGAUUAUAUCCGAACGUCUUUCUGUCUUAAAAUUAAAGUGGAAUUCAUCACCUUUAUUUUUGAUGUGAAAAGCUUACGUACGUAUUCUAUAAAACUACAGUAUAAAUAUGACCCAAAUAAAAAAAUACUUUCAUAUUUCUGUUUUAAACUAGUAUAUGGCGCGCCUUACUAACAGAUUUAUAAUGGCUCAAAUAUGUUACGGGCAUAGUAUUUGAUUUGUAAAUUAUUGUGAUUGAUUAUUAAAGACACUUGUUUUGCAUAUAAUCAAUGUCUGCACAUACUAAAUCUGCAAUGUGUUCAAAAGCCACGCUUGUUUAGUAGAUAAUAGUGUUUUCUUUAAGAACAUAACGCGUAACAUACAAAAGCAAUGGCGAAAUUAUUUUUUAUGCCAAUAAUCCGACUUCAAUGAUCAAAUCUAACUCGAAAUACGUACUAUCUCCAUAUAAUUGUUCGAGCUACUCAAAAAGAUACGUACUCAUUUAGAUGAGUCAAAUCGUCUGGAUGCUUUAAGUUGACUGAAAAGUUCCUGGUAAGUGAUUCAUGUUCGCUCCGAUCAGUGCAGCUAUGAGAAAAUUGUUAUCUAUUACUUGCUCCCAGCUGAAACAGUAGUUUUCCAUAAAUUCUCUUAAGGUUCCAUAAGUUCGUGUAGACAAACCUAAAGAACUUGAAAAAGUAAAACACAAUACUUUUAUAGGCGGAGGAUAAACACAUUCUGCUGUUUUACUCCAUUAAUAUGUAACAUAAAGUACUUUUCUCGUCAGCACUUACAGUUUCCAGACUAUCCUUGUUAAAUACUGUGAAAAAUGUCGAAAAUUCUAUGAUAAACCCACUACUGAACCCAUUCACUUUGAGGUGUAAGUAGUUCUUCUAAUGUUUUGUCACUGACUUUAAUUCAGAGUAACCCUUCAUACGUAUACUAACAGAUUCCAUCAAUCUAACUGGACUACCUUUGAAAGAAGAACUAACCAAAAAUCGACUUUUCGUCAUAAACACCCAUUUUAUCAUCUAUGAUUUCACUACUUGAGAUUUAAAUCAUUCUUCGUUUUUGAUGACAACCAAAAUAGUCUACCGAGGUUCCGGAACAUCCAUUUUAUCAUCUAAUGUACAGUGUUAUGAACGAUAAAGGGAUAUGACAAUUAGCAUAUUCUAGAGACUCAUAUCUAUUUGAUUCACUACUUAACGAAAACACUUCAAAUGUUAUGCAUUUGUAGGGGCUGGUACUAUGUCAAACCACAUGGGUUAUUCUAGCCUCUGGACAGACUGAUCUAUUCAUUCCCCUCAAACCACAUUUUUACUUUGUCACUUGUUCUCUUAUUAAUCCUGACUGUUUUUGUAUGAUCAACUACGGAAGAAAUUAGAAUGGCCGUCAGACAAAUCAAGAACGGGAAAGCAGCAGGACCCGACAACAUACCAGCUGAAGCACUGAAAUCAGACAUCGAAGCAACCACAAGCAUGCUUUAUCUUCUAUUCAAAAAGAUUUGGGAGGAGGAACAAGAGCGGAUGGACUGGAAAGAAGGACACCUCGUCAAGAUUGCAAAGAAAGGAGAUCUGAGCAAAUGUGAAAACUACAGAGGCAUUACACUACUGUCAAUACCAGGGAAAGUCUUCAGCAGAGUGUUGCUGAACCGGAUGAAGGAUGCAGUAGACUCCCAACUUCGAGAUCAACAAGCUGGAUUCCGUAAGGAUCGGUC